CCACAGAAACUCGCAAGAACCGAGGGCAAAAACAGGAAAAAAAUAACUUCGGUCCCCACAUCGCCGCGCACCGCCUGCCUAACGCACCGUGUCGACCGCUCCACCACACGUAGGACGAAGGGAGCCGGAGAAGCCCAGACAGCCUCCUUGCCGCCAGCGAGCCGCCGUGCAAUGCCGCAAUAGGAAUCACGAAUGUCCCGAAGGUGCCACCCUCCGUCUGCGUCGCGGUAUAAUCCAAUCGAAUCCAUCCGUUUGUGGGACUUGGGAAUUCCGUUAUUCUUCAGAUCAGGUAGGAUUUGUCAGGCUGGUGACGACUGAAGGUGAUUCACUUGAGCUCGUGUUGGAAGAGGCAAUUGUCUAGUGACAAAGUCACCACUGCGUCGUCCCAGGUUCAUUUGCUCGGUUCUGAUGAGAGUGGUGGGUUGCAGACUGGUUUCAUUCGACUCCUCCGUGUUCCGAUAUCCGAAGCGUGAUGAAGAGAGGGACUCUGUCUUCUCUAACAUUCCUCUUUGAGUCUGAACCAGUCUGUCGAUAGACCAUCAUAAAAAUUCAGGCUUUGUGCUUAUAUAAUGGAAGAGAGGAGUGUUUUGACCCAGCGUUAUGAAAUCGGGAGGCAAUUAGGACAAGGCACCUUUGCAAAGGUAUACUAUGCUCGCAAUCUAGCAAAUGGUCAGUCUGUUGCCAUAAAAAUACUCGAUAAGGACAAGAUCUUGAAGGUUGGUCUCGUGGAUCAGAUAAAGAGGGAGAUCUCGAUAAUGAGAAUUGUAAGGCAUCCGAAUGUUCUGCAGCUUUUUGAGGUAAUGGCUACCAGGAGCAAGAUUUACUUCGUUCUGGAGUACGCUAAAGGCGGUGAGCUUUUCAACAAAUUAGCCAAGGGGAAGCUUACUGAGGAGGGGGCAAGGACAUAUUUUCACCAGUUGAUCUCUGCUAUAGAUUAUUGCCACAGUAGAGGUGUUUACCAUCGUGACUUGAAGCCUGAAAACCUACUAGUGGAUGAGUAUGGGACCCUUAGGGUCUCUGAUUUUGGUUUAAGUGCGCUAACCAAGUCAAAGUGGCGAGAUGGUCUGCUCCACACCGCAUGUGGAACUCCGGCUUAUGUUGCUCCGGAAGUGCUCAGCAGGAAAGGCUACAACGGUGCAAAGGCAGAUGUAUGGUCUUGUGGAGUGAUUCUGUUUGUUCUUGUUGCCGGUUAUCUUCCUUUCCAUGAAAGAAACCUUAUGGAGUUGUAUAGAAAGAUUGCUAAGGCUGAGUACAGAUGCCCUCGUUAUUUUUCCACUGAGCUGAAGGAGCUCCUUAGUGGGAUCCUUGAUCCAGAUCCUAAUACUAGAAUGUCCAUCGCAAGGAUAAAGAGAAGUCCUUGGUAUAGGAAGCCGGUUGAGAGAACACCACUGAGAAAAGACAAGACUUAUGCGAGUGAAGCUGCUGCGUCUGGCCUUGCACGUCGCAACAGUUCCGAUGGACCGGCGAGCAUGAAUGCAUUUAAUAUCAUUUCCCUCACUCCUGGGUUCGAUCUAUCUGGUUUGUUCGAUGAAAGAUAUAGCCAAAGGGAGGCCCGGUUUGCUUCCAAUGAGCCGCCAGCAGCUGUAUUUGUGAAGCUGGAGGAACUUGCCCAACGCAUGAAGCUUAAAGUUACAAAGAAAGACAAUGGAGCGAUGAAAUUGGCCGCACCGAGGGAAGGAAAGAAGGGUACUCUUGAGUUUGAAGCAGAAAUCUAUGAGCUCACGUCGUCUUUUCUCUUAGUCGAGUUGAAGAAGACCAAUGGUGACACUAUGGAGUACCAGAAACUGUUGAAAGAAGACAUUAGGCCAUCACUCAAGGACAUUGUUUGGUCAUGGCAUGGCGAUGUUCAGCAGCAGGCACAGCUACCUCAGGAUCCACAGUGGCCACCACAGCAGCAGGCACAGCAACCUCAGGAUCGACAGUGGCCGCCGCCGCUCCCACCACAGCGGUUAGAACAUUUAGCUGCAAAUGCCCCACUGCCACAAUAAUCUAACUGAAAUCGCUAUCGAACACACACAUAUUUCAUGGUGAGACCCACAACCAUAUUUGCCUCUUAGAUUAGUAAAUGUGCUUGCAGUUCUCACCUAGAUGUCUACCAUUGUUGGGAACGAAGGCUUGGUUUUUCCCCAUUUCUGUAAAAUUGUUUUUGAAUAUACAGAAAUGGUGCCUCUUCAGAUUGUUAUCGCUGCAGAAAACAGUGAUUUGUAAUUUUGGGGUAUAAUGAUGGUUGCAUUUAAGUUCUGUAGGAUUCUCCUAUUGGGUUGUUUUAUUAUUUGAGAAAUACAUCUCCUUCUGAUAAUAUAUGACUGUUGCGAUUUGUGAACUGAUA